AUGGGAGUAGACAACAUUGUCAGCAGCACAUCUGUUGCUGCGCCACCAUCAUCACUGACAUCGACGUCGACAUCAACCUAUUACUUGUUUGGAAUGUUGGCAACAGGAUGCUUUGUAUUACAAUAUAUACCUCAAAUGUAUCUAAAUUACUCGAGAAAGUCUGUCCAAGGAUUCUCAUUGCACAGCGUUGUCAUCAAACUGAUAGGUGCUGCUUUUUUAUUUGUUAAUAGUUCUCUAACUGGAGAAACGAUCCCAGUUAUAUUAUAUGGUCUUUUUAAUGUAUUACAACAUACAAUCUUUAUUUUUCAAUUCUCUAUAUAUUCAAAAGAAUCAUCGAAUUCAAGUCUACCAUUUAUAGGUUUUCCAGCCAUACCGUAUUUAAUAGGAUAUUUAUAUCCACAAUCAUUGUAUAUAACAAAUAGUAUUAAACCAUUAACUCAAUUAUUUAGUCAUAUUCCCCAAGCCGUUUUAUGUGUGAGGGACAAGACAACAACAGGAGUUUCUCUUUCAUCUCAAUACCUUAAUUUUUUCGGUGGCAUUGCCGGAGCCAUAAUGUGUUAUGGCAUACCUCCAGUAUCCUUUUUAACAUACCUCAUCUAUUAUAACAGUGUAUUACAGGCAGCAUCGAUUUUUAUACUUUACUUUUAUUACGACUACAAUAAACUAAUACACACUGGCGUCAAAGAUGAUAAAUCUUUUGUCUAA